UGCAAAAUAUCCCUGAAGAUGUUCCAGCUUCUCAGUUUAAGGAACUCCUUAGGUAUUGGAACUCAGAGAAACUCCAGAGAAUGUCCCAAAUUAAUAUUGAGAACCAAAAAAAGUUGAAGAAUCCUCACACUGCUGGAAAAAGAAGUUUUGCUUUAGUGCGCUCUAAGUUGGAAAACGAGAAGGAAACUUCGGAUCAUUUAUCGGCAAAAGAAGUCUUUGUAGCUACAAGAAAAAGGAAAGUUGGGCGAUCAUACAAGUGCUCGGAUGAUGAUACAACUAGUAAAAUUGCUGAAAUGGUGGCAAUUGAAGCCCAACAAAAUGAAAAUGGCAAUGAGUCCGUUGAUGCAUUUGCAUCUGUCAUGGGGCCUGAACAUCCGGGACGUCUGAGAUUGUAUGGACGAGGGGUUACAAGAACUUCUUUGAGAGGGAAGGUAGGAUGUUUUGAAUCUUCUUCAAAUACUACAAAUUCUCUACAAAAAAUGGAGGAGAAGAUACAAAGGAUAGAGGAGAAAAUUGAGGAACAAAAGGCAACUAUCCGUCAAGAAGUUGUUGCAGAUGUCCUUGCACGACUUCAGCGUUCAGGAAUUGAUAUUGAUGCUAAUAUUAUUCUAGCGGCAUUGGGUGAUAAUUCUCCUGGAGAAGUUUCUUCUGCACAACGAGCAACUUUGCAACCAAUUCGUCGUCCAUCCACUGAUAGCAACAAUGAAGGUCAACUCAUUCGAGGUGCAGUGAUUGCGGAUGAAAGCAGUGACGUAGACCUUACUUGAGUGUUGUUAGGCUUUAUUAUUAUGUUUAAGGAUAUUUUAGUUUAGAACUUUUUGUAUGCAAACUCAUCUAUUUUGACUUUUGAAUUGUUUGACCAAACAUUGUAUCCAUAUUUUGUUUUUGUACAUCGAUAAUGCUAGUUGGAUAUGGUGUAAACAAUUUCAUAGAAUAGGAAACUAUUUCUAAUUUUGCUUCCAUAAA